AUGAUCCGUAACAACGACCUGAAAUGUUUCUUGUUUCAGAGGAACGCGCAUCACUAUCCAUCGAAGAGUAAGGAAGCCUUUGUAAACUCCAGCCCUACAAGGACGGAAGCCCAAACCUCUUCUAAGUUAGAACAGGACGAUGUAGAAAAAGACAGCGUUCCAGCCUCCGAGGACGAAGAGGAGGAUAAUGCCGCCGAGGUUGAAAACAACGGAGUAGAGUCCAGCAUUCUCCAAAUGCAGAAAAUCCUCCACGCAGCGGCGACUGUCGGCUCAACGGAUAUGGAUGACAAUUUCGCUCCCUACCUUAAGAGAGCCUAUAUGAAUUAG